AUGUCAGAUGCUUUAAGUACGCUCCAGCGAUCGGUGCUGGAGAAGUACCGGACGCUGGCAGACUGUCUUCACGAGCUGAACGACACGCUUGUGGAGCUAAAUACAGACUCAGAUACAAACCCGGAGCAGGUGCUCGCCCAGAUGCGUGAAAUCGAAGUCAAGAUAGCGCUGGUCGGUACAUUGCUGAAGGGCAGCGUUUACUCGCUGGUCCUGCAGCGCAAUAUGGGCAAGCAGGCGCCCGGGGGAAAGGCUAAAUAG